GAGGCUCGCUCCAAUUAUUGGCAAAGAAGCUUCCGCCUAUAUUCACCCUAACAUCGCAACACCUGCGUACGCAGUAACUUGCGUCGUAAUGUGGCCUGAAAUCAUCCCCAUGUCGCAUUCCCACCCGUCGGCUUACCAAUAAAAGAUACAUCACACCAAGUGAAAAAGACCCACUUUUGACUUUCAACAAUUAAUCACUUACACCCUUAACCUACUUUGCCAACAUUACAUGUAUACAUACAUAUAUAUAUAUAUAUAUAUACAUCGAAACAAAGCAACCUCGUACAUUCGUGUAUGUCUGAUAUAUUACAGUACUUAUAUAACCACUGAUUUUUCCAGCUGCAAGAAGCAAGCUUAAAUGGGAAAGCCUGCAGGGUGGUGCAGCAGCUCAUCUACUUCAGCGCUUGGGAAGCUGACAGCUCCAAGAAUUGAAAGGAAAGUCAUAGAGAAGAAUAGGAGAAAUCGGAUGAAGGGUCUCUGCUCCAACCUCAUUUCCCUCCUUCCAAACCACACCUCCAAGCUGAAAGGGUUACCACUGCCUUACCAAAUAGAUGAAGCUGUGGAAUACAUCCAAAGCAUGAAAAUGAGGGUGGAAGAAAUGAGGCAAAAGAAGGAGUCCUUAUUUGCAAGAAACAGAUGUGAUGCAUGCAAAAAUCAGACCACCAGCAAGAGCCCAACCCUUGUUGAAGUUCAUGAUAUGGGACCAAAUCUUGAUGUCAUUAUUGCAAAUGGGCUCAAUGAUUCUACGUUUCGUGACAUUAUUAGAUUCGUUCAUCAGCAUGGAGUUGAAGUAGCAAGUGCCAGUUUUUCCAGGGAUGGCAACUCAGCUGUCCAAAUUCUCCAAGACAAGGUUGGGAAAUCUAAAUUGAGCUUUGGAGGUCAAACAAUAUCAAGAAAGCUGAAGGAAUUGGUGUGUGGAGCUUCCACCAGUGAAGUAAUGGUAUCCCAAUUGAAUUUGUGGGACUACGAAAUUGAAUCUGAUGAUAUCUGGGGUUUCGAAAUCCCUCAACUCUUACAGGAGUAAAGGAUUACUUUUGAUAAACAUUACGUUAUAUUUCCUAAAAAGUUUAUUGGUACAAGAUUAGUUUGUUAAUCAAAAUUUCAUCAGAUUUUUUUAA